AUGGCGGUCAUCAAAGCUGUCCCCCUGCUCCUGCUGCUGGCGCUGACGUCAUCGGUGUCAGCGGGCCGCGUCCUGCUCCAGUCCUGCCCGAGCACGUGCUACACCGCCUCAGGGAGUACCGGUUACUGCUGCCCAUCAGGCUUCAAUUGCUUCUCCAGCGACACCUUCACGUGCUACCCCGCGUCUGCGAGCUACCCCUCCGACCCGUCAACUGCGGUUAGCAACGGGUUUACAGCCGGGUCAACUCCCGCCCCGACCACCGGAAGCCCCGGCCCGGCCGGAAGCCCCCCCACGGAAAGCCCCGUUGCCCCAGGACCCGCCCCCGCAGGAACUGAUUCCAACGCCAUCGGCAUUCCGCUGUCCGGCGGCUCCUGCACCUCCUCUGCCUACCCGUCGACCUGCACCACCGCAGACGGUUCCGCCCAAUACUGCUGCCCCACCGGAACCGGAUGCUUCUCCUCUUCCACAUUCACGUGCUACAGCCUUUCCGCCGGAACGUACCCUUCCGGCCCGACCAGCUUCGACUGCUCCAAGAUCAUCGAGCUGACGAUCGAUGACGCGCAGGCACUGUUCAAGACCGGCGAGCUGACGUCACGCCUGCUGGUGUCGUGCUACCUGCAGCGGAUCGCUGACUAUGACAACAUCGGCACGUUCAAGGGGCUCACCGCUUAUGCCACCAACGCCGUUUUGGAGCUCAACCCGACGGCUCUGGCCGACGCCGACGCGAAGGACAUCGAGCGCGCGGCGUGCGCGCCCAACUGCAACCUCAACAAGCUGCACGGAAUUCCGGUCGCCCUCAAGGACAACGUGUGCGCGGACGGAAUGGAGUGCACCGCUGGAUCAUGGAACCUGUUCGGUUCCGUCCACGAGGAGGCCUACCUCACGACCGGAAUCAAGAACGCGGGCGGAAUUAUCCUGUGCAAGCUCGGCCUCUCCGAGUGGGCCAACUACCGCGGCAGCUCCGUCUCCGGCUGGUCCGGCCGCGGGGGGCAAGUUUACAAUCCGUACGUCCGUUACUCCAUCAGCGGCCAGCUGAUCGUCCGCAACCCUUACCCCGAGAUUCCCUCCGUUUUCCCCGACAACACCACGUUUGUCAACUACACGAACCCGACGAUCGUCUCCGGGAGCUCUUCCGGUUCCGGCGUCGCAGCCGCGGCCAACCUGGCGAUGGUGACCAUCGGAUCUGAGACGAGCGGAUCGAUCCUGGGCCCCAGCGGAGCGAACGGAAUCGUCGGAAUCAAGCCCACCGUGGGCCUCGUCAGCCGCGCCGGCGUCAUUCCGCUCUCGGAGUCCCAGGACACCGCCGGGCCCAUGUGCCGGACCGUCGCGGACGCUGUGUACCUUUUGGACGCUACCACAGGCGUCGACCCGAAGGAUUCGUACACCGCCGGACAGGUCGUGCCCGCGGGCGGCUUCGCGCAGUUCCUCAAGACGACGGGCCUGCAAGGCAAGAAGAUUGCGUUCCUGCCCCUUAACCCCAACACGACCAACUCGGCCACGCUCGAAGGUUACAACGCCAUUCCUGAUAUCCUCAGGGCCCAGGGCGCCACCGUGGACGAGCUUCCGUUUCCGUUCACCAUCCCCGGAACGGCCAAUCUCGGAACAGGCGGAACGGGCGGCAUCUUGUCCACAGACUUCAAGGUCAACAUCAACCAGUUCCUCUCAGAGCUGAGCUGGAAGCCCGGCUUCACCGUUCAGAAGACCCUUGCGGACAUGAUCCAAUUCAACAAGGACAACUAUCUGCUUGAGUUCCAGGGCGGCACGUGCUGCCGCGGCGAGCCCGCCUACGGCAACUUCUUCCAGCAGACCUGGGAAAGCUCGCAGAACACCACCGGGUUUAGCAACCCUAACUACAUCAGCGCCAAACAGAACGCAUCGGCGGUCGCGGCAGGCAUCACCUCGUUCCUGGACGGCAACGGCUACGACGCGAUCACAUCCACCGGCGGGCUCACCGGUACCUUUGCCACCGCCCAGUUCCCGAGCAUUUCCGUCCCCGGGCUCAAGUCCAGCCUGGGCAGCCCGGUCGGAUUCGUCUUCCACGGGGUGCGCUAUAGCGAGGCGAAGCUUAUCGAGAUGGCGUAUGCAUACGAGCAGGCCAAGCCAUUCCCGCGCCCAAUCCCCACUUACUGCAACGGCGCCAGUUGCUGA